AUGGGUUCUUGCUUAAGUGCUCGAAUUAAGGCCGAGUCUCCUCUUCAUGCUGGGACCAACGGAAAGGACUCAAGUAGCCGGCUUUCGUCUUCCUCAAUUCCGCCUACCCCUCGUAGCGAGAGUGAAAUUUUGGAAUCCUCGAAUCUGAAGAGUUUUGGUUUUAAUGAUUUAAAGACGGCCACAAGGAACUUUCGUCCUGAUAGUGUGUUGGGAGAAGGAGGGUUCGGCUGUGUUUUCAAAGGUUGGAUUGAUGAGCAUACUUUUAAGGCUGCUAAGCCAGGAACUGGAUUGGUCAUUGCUGCUAAGAGACUAAACCAAGAAGGUCUACAAGGUCACAAGGAAUGGCUGACAGAAAUUAAUUACCUCGGCACCCUUCAUCAUCCUAAUCUUGUAAAAUUGAUUGGGUAUUGCUUCGAAGAUGAACACAGACUUCUGGUGUAUGAGUUCAUGCCUAGGGGAAGUUUAGAAAAUCAUCUCUUCCGGAGAACCGCUUACUUCCAACCGUUAUCUUGGAAUCUUCGAAUGAAGGUUGCUCUAGGUGCAGCCAAGGGACUAUGCUAUCUUCACAGCCCGGAAGCCAAAGUCAUCUAUCGCGAUUUCAAGACCUCAAAUAUUUUGCUUGAUUCUCAUUACAAUGCAAAGCUAUCUGAUUUUGGGCUGGCGAAGGAUGGGCCGAUUGACGGCAAAAGCUAUGUCUCUACUAGAGUUAUGGGGACCUAUGGCUAUGCUGCGCCAGAAUAUAUGGCCACAGGCCACCUGACUACAAAAAGCGACGUGUAUAGUUUCGGGGUGGUACUCCUUGAAAUGUUGACAGGCCGUCGAGUUAUAGACAAGAACCGGCCCCCUGGAGAACAAAAUCUCAUUGAAUGGGCUAAGCCCUACCUAGCUAGCAAAAGGAGAAUCUUUCAAGUAAUGGAUGUGAGAAUAGAAGGACAGUAUUCAUUAAGGGGAGCAGCAAGAGCGGCAGCUCUGGCAGUUAAAUGCCUUUCGACAGAACCCAAGUACAGGCCGAACAUGGAAGAGGUGGUUAAAGCAUUGGAGCAGCUUCAGGACUUGGAUGCCGGAGGAAGCAUUAAAUCAGAGGCAACCCGAAAGCAUCAGAGAACACGUGGCAGGGAAUCAUUAUCUAGCAGAAAGGCUGCAUCUUAUCCGAAACCUUCUCCUUCCCCUGUGGCUGCUUGA